ACGUCAAAGGAUCGAAUCUGUAGGUGUUUGUGGGGUUUCUCAUAUAUUAUUCUCAACUUUGGAGGGGGAUCAAGCCAUCCACUACAAGGACAAUGUUGCCACAUCACGCUAUGGAGGCAAAUUUCAAUAGAGCAUCUUCAAGGAGGAUAUCAUGGACUAGGAAUGAUUUAAUUCUAGUUCUAGUAUAUGUCAUGGUGUUUGGUGUUCAAGCAAAGUUGGUGGUAGAAGCUUCCCAAUAUGGUGACACAUGUUCCAACUUGCAAAGAUAUAAUUCCACCAAAAUGUCACAAGUCCUCGAGCAUUUAAGAAAAAUUAACAAGCCUGCUACUAAAAGCAUAGAGAGCCCAGAUGGAGAUAUUAUAGACUGCAUUGAUCGAUACAAACAACCUGCAUUUGAUCACCCAUUGCUGAAGAACCAUAAAAUCCAGGAUACUCCAAACAUGCCAGUACAUAUUAAAAGAAUGAAUAUAACAGGUUUUGCUAUUGAUAAUGCUCAAUCAUGGCAUGUCAAUGGAGAAUGUCCAGAAGGCACAAUUCCAGUUAGAAGAACUUCUGUAGAAGACUUAAUGAGAGCAAAAUCACUUCAACAUUAUGGGAAAAAAGAUGUAAUUGCUAAUAGUCAUGAGUAUGCACUAGUCUCUGUGGAUGGAAAAUACUAUGGAGCACAGGGCAGAAUAACUGUAUGGAAUCCAAGGGUCGAAAAAGAGGAAUUCAGUGUGUCACAGAUUUGGGUUCAUUCUGGAUCGGCAGAAGAUUCAACUCUCAACUCCGUUGAGGCUGGCUGGCAAGUUGAUUUCCCACUAUAUGGUGAUAGCAGGACUAGACUGUUUAUAUAUUGGACGGCUGAUGCAUAUCACAAAACUGGCUGCUACAAUCUUAAGUGCCCUGGUUUCGUUCAACAGAGCAGAAAGAUAACACUUGGUGGUACCAUAUGGCCAAUUUCUUCGUACAAUGGGAAACUAACUGCUAUAACGAUUAAUAUCUGGAAGGAUCCACAAUCGAAAAACUGGUGGAUGGCAUUUGAAAAUGAACCAGUUGGGUAUUGGCCAUCACAACUUUUCACCAACCUUGAUCAUGCAUCGACUGUACAAUGGGGAGGGGAGAUUGCAAACUUGCAGACAGAUGGACAUCACACUACUACUCAAAUGGGAAGUGGACAUUUUGCAGAAGAAGGAGAUGGUAAAUCUAGUCACUUUCGCGCUUUAAAGACAGUGGAUGACAAAAAUAAGUUAUCAGAUGUUGGUGACUACAAUACUAUUGCAACUAACGCUAAGUGCUACAACAUAAAAGGGCACACAGGCUCCGAUAACAGAGCUUAUUAUGGUGGACCUGGCAGGAACGCAAACUGUCCUUAGAAAAAAAAAGAUGCAUCAAAGUUUAUUACGCGACAAUUUACUAGUUUAUCCAUUAACAUCUUUUUUGCAUAUUAGGUAGAGCGGCACUAUCAUCAUUUAGUUUGGA